CUUGGAGCAAGCGGCCAACAACCCUGCGCGAAUCCCGUUGGCAGUUGAGCCUUCUCGACCUCUUGAGGCCAGCACUUGGUCUCACCUUCUUCAUGGCAUUGCCCAACAUGCUCGCUGGUGGGGCUGGCCAGUGCUUGACCACCCCCAACACAGUGGUUACUCGUUACCUUCCGCAAGACCUUGCACUCGAGUGCAGAGUGCAGUGGAGAGAGUGCGUCCAUCGCUUCUUGCCAGCAACGACGGACCGGCCAAUCCUUUCUCAGUAUCGUCUCAAUUCGACCCAGUGUUCAAACAGAAUCUGUAUCGAAUGUGAGAGGGAAUCCAAAUGAGUGGUGCAUCGGCGCCUCGGCGUGUGAGGUCACUUUUGCUUUUCCACGAUGGCUUACACGUUGUACGCGCCCCAGGCCGGCUCCCGCGCCUUCAAGAUCUUGAUCGCUGCCGAAUACAACGGCGUCGACCUCAACGUCCCCGAGACGUUCGUCAUGGGCGUCGACAACAAGACGCCCGAGUUCCUCGCGCUCAACCCGCUCGGCAAGGUCCCGGUCCUCGCGACCCCCGAAGGCCCGAUCUACGAGUCGAACGCGAUCGCUCGCUACGUCGCGCGCCUCCGCGCCGACACGGGCCUCACGGGCAAGACCUUCUACGAGUCGGGCCAGGUCGACCAGUGGGUGGACUUCGUCACGAACGAGAUGGAGACGCCGCUCGGCGCCCUCCUGUACCCGAUCUUCGGCUACGCCAAGUACAACCACGACGUGCACACGAAGGCCCUCGAGGACAUCAAGAAGUCGCUCCACAUCCUCGAGAACCACUUGCUCCUCCGCACGUACUUCGUCGGCGAGCAGGUCACGCUUGCUGAUAUCUGCGUCUUCGGUGCCUUGAUCUACCCGUUCAAGUUCAUCUUUGACAAGGACUUCCGCAAGCCGUUCUCGAACCUCUCGCGUUGGUUCUCGACGGUCGCCAACCAGCCCGAGUUCGCCGCCAUUGUCGGUGACGUCCCGCUCUGCGACGUCGCCACGGUCGCCGAAGGCGCCCCGGUCAAGGAGGCCAAGAAGGCCGCCGCCCCGGCCAAGAAGGAGAAGAAGGCCGCCGCCCCCAAGGACGACGACGAUGAUGUCUUCGAGGCCCCCAAGGAGAAGAAGGUCGAGCACCCGCUCGCCAUCCUCAACCGCGAGUCGCCGGCUUCGAUGAAGCUCGAUGACUGGAAGGUCUGCUACUCGAACACCAAGGACCUCUCGAAGGCCAUGGAGUGGCUCUGGGCCAACGUGGACACGAAGGACUACUCGUUCUGGUUCAUGAAGUACAACUACAACGAGGAGAACAAGAAGAUGUUCAUGACGUGCAACGCCGUCGGCGGCUUCAUCCAGCGCUCGGAUGCCAUGCGCAAGUUCUCGUUCGGUGUCAUGGACGUCCUCGGCGCCGAAGGUGGCCUCAUCGAAAUCGUCGGCUGCUGGAUGUUCCGCGGCCAGACCGCUGAGCACAUGAUCGAAGCCAACCCGGAUGCCGAGUACUACACGUGGACCAAGGUCGACACGCUCGACGACGCCGCCAAGGCCCGCAUUGCCGCCUACUGGUGCAACGAAGACGACCUCGAGGGCAAGCCCAUCGCCGACGGCAAGGUCUUCAAGUAAAUCGUGUAAUCCAAUAUGCGCCUUCGCUGUAGAUGAGAUCAAUUAAUUAAUAGGGUUGCUGUAAUAUAUCCUAUGUCAACCCCAA